AAAAGCUUUACGAAUCAUUUGGUGCCGAAGGGCGGAGAGGGACAUCUAAAGGUGCCAGGGUAUAUGCACAAAGAACUACACUCUUCUUUUCACUUUGCUAUACUUUUUAAAUACAGCGGGACCUCUUAGUGAAAGGAACUCUAUUGCGUUAAGAGUAACGGGGAUACAUAUCCAUAGCACAACCACUAAGGAUAUUGCCUGCGCACGGAAGGCUUAGGUACAGCAAGUUUCCCCAUCUGACAAAAGUUAAAUGAGCGCUGAAGGGGAUCAGCCACCAGUACGUUUGGUUUAUCCUGGGCGGGAGAACGGAGCGUAGCGACUUGAAGCCAUCCUCGCGACUUGGCCAGGAUACGUGUUAAGAUGGAGAGUUGUUUCUUCUCCAGCCCGAUUGAACCUACACGGAACGGUAUUGAUAACGUGUACCGUUCCUGGGCCGCUGGGCCGGGCGGGGAUGAGCAGCGCAAAGCCGGGCUGGGCGGCUCGGUACCCCCGCUACAAUCUCACGUGGAACUGGACACACGGUCCGCUGUUUCCUCCAACUACUCCUAUACCUGUCCUCAACCUGUCAACAACUUGUCUCUGAGAAAAGACGAGAGCCCAAACUGUGGGGAUUACUUCAGUAACAGCGGCCAGCAUCUAUUCGGUCUAUCCCGUCCAGCCUUACCGGUCAGCAGCAAACCACCUGCCGUCCUCAGUGCCAAUUUGCCCCACCAGCCAGCCAGCACAUCCCCGACUCUCCACCGGCCAACCCCGGCCUCUGUACACGCCUCUGCCUUCACACAAUCAGUGCCAAGGAGUCCAACAAAAUGGCCGCCCCCAGGGUCCGCGAUGCCGCACUACACCGGACAAGCCGAGACAGACCCAACCGCCGCCCAUCGCAGCCCAUGCACGGGCGAGUGGCAGUACACGGCCCAUCAGACAGGCUACCCGACCUACCACCAGCUUAACUCCUCGGGAUACCUUGGGGGCUACGGGGCUUCCUCAAGAGACCACUUUACCUGCUCGACGGGCACGUCUACCACUCUGGAGGAGGUUCACAGGGGACGUGAAGGCGGUGGCUGCGCGAUGUCGACUUCACCGUGCACUGCGUGCGGUGACAUCCUCUGCCCCAAGUCUCACCAUAUCUACCCUACGGAUCUGAGUGCCCCAUGCCCCCGUUCACCUACCCAGUCCGCAGUGACCAUCCGCCCCUGCUCCAGCAUGAGUUUUCCGUCCUACGCUACCGCCCCGCCUCCCCCAGCCAUAGGCGCUGCUGACAGUGACGCCUUGAUGCGCUACCGCUGGCCAGCCACGGCGCCUGUGUACUUCUACAGCAAAUUGGUGUCUGCGGGAAAGCCGGACGGGAUAGGUAGUGUAGGCGUAGGCGCCGGUGUAGGUGUCAAUACAACACCUUCAGGCUCUACAUCAGGGACUGGUGACAGGGUGUCCAAGACAACGAAGCAAUCUGCUAACUAUCGUAGUAAAGGGACCAACCUAUGCAAUAUAUGCGGCAAAUCUUACGCCCGUCCGAGCACCUUGAAGACGCACCUACGCACCCAUUCCGGGGAGAAACCCUACCGAUGUCCGACUUGCAACAAGGCUUUCUCACAGACCGCUAACCUAACGGCACACAUGCGGACACACAGCGGUGAAAAGCCCUUCCAGUGUGCCGUCUGCCACCGGCAAUUCUCACAGAGCUCAUCCGUUACCACGCACAUGCGGACUCACUCCGGAGAGCGUCCGUACCGCUGCGCUUACUGCAAGAAGGCGUUUGCGGACAGCUCAACGCUGACCAAGCAUCUGCGGAUACACAGCGGAGAGAAGCCGUACCAGUGCAGCAUGUGUCUUUUGCGAUUCUCGCAAUCCGGAAACCUGACGCGACACAUGAAGAUUCACCAACAUAUAUGACGGAGUCUGUGAAGGUUUCUAAAACAUGGUGUGCCUCCAGCUUCGGCUACUGGUGCUACUAUACCAAGACGUGGGGGAUGAAGGGCAACUUUCUCUUUCAGAAACAUCAAGGCGGUUCAUUUGAGGCUAACAUUUAAGUUCUUAAAUUUGGUCAUGCCGAACGUGGAGGCCGUUGGGGGCGCUACACUAACAAUCCCAUUAUCAUUUGACAAUGAGAGAGUAACAUCACUGGUUCCCCGCACUCCAUAUUCUGUCUAAAUUCAAGCGAUAUGUUUACCAGGGAAGACACAACGAUAUACUGCUGGUUUGUGUCAUAGUAUUGAGUGAACAGUAUGUGCAUAUUUACAUCCACGCUAUGGUGCUUGGCACCCUUUUAAAACCACUAACCAUUUAAAAUGUAAUUGAAGACAAUCAAGUCGAACAACUGUAUUAACCUAAUUUUAAUGACAAUAAUCAUUUAUUUAUUUACAAUGUACUUACUUAUGCGAUGACAAUCUAAUUAUGAAGAAAAAAAGCAAUACUCUUAUGAUAAUUAGAACUUUAUUUGUGACGUGUUUACUCAAAACCAGACGCUUACGAGCAGAGCUUGAAUCGGGAAUACGACCAAUUGGACAAGGAAACGUGGUGAAGUGUUGUUUUCUGACUUUUUUAUGUAAUAAUAUUUCAACAUUUCAGAACGCAUUUUUAGAUGAUUUUCCUAUAAAGGAGUAUCUUCAUAAUUUCGACAAGAAAGUCGUUAACAUCCGUCGAUUUUCAACAGCAUAUUAAGUUGCCAAAGAAAAUUCCAUUUUAAAGAAUUAAGCAGCCAUUCCAAAGGGGAACCAUAUAUUAAAAAAGAGCGAAAAAAAUUCCAGCACGUUUCAAGAAGAGUCUGAUUUUGAUAGAAGACAUCACAUUGUGUAUACAAUGAUGAACAAAUCAAUUAAUGUUCAACGACCGCUAAACAGUACAUUCCUUCUUCAAUGCCAACACGAUUCACCUCAUCUUAAUAAUGUUCUUACUGAUAUAAAAUAUCACUUAUUGAGUAAAUAUCUUAUAUGAUACAGUUUUAGUAACUAUUAUAUAAUUCGAAAUAAACGAACGCUUAUCUAUUUUCUUUUGAUAUAAAGUUUUAUAGAAUAAUGUUC